AUGAUUUUAACUCAAUCGAAAAUGGCUAAUGUCGAUGAAGGAACACGUUGGAUACACUCAGAUACAGACCUUUUAUCAGGUCACGGCGUUACCUAUAAUGUCGAUUAUCUUGGCUCUGUUGAAGUACUAUGUUCGAUGAAAUCACUUGAUUUUGAUAGCCGUACACGAGUUGCUCGUGAUUCUAUACGUUUAGUAUGCACAGCAGCCGGUGUUACACUUCGGGAACGACGUAAACCCGAUACAUUUUCAAAUGAUCAAUCAAUGAUUUCAACACAAGCAAAUUUAACACAUAGUCAUACACCUGUUCAACUAAUAAUUAGUACUGAUGCACUUGUACUUAAACGUAAAAAUGAUUCUCAAAUACUUUGUUCACAUAGAAUGGAAGGAAUUUCAUUUGCAAGUGCUGGUGAAUAUGAUACAAAAGAUUAUAUAGCUUAUGUAGCGAAAGAUAAUAUGAAUAAGAGAGCAUGUCACGUACUUUCAUGUGAAGCAAAUGAGUCAUUAGAUGUUAUUACAACUAUUGGACAAGCUUUUGAACUACGAUAUAAUGAGUAUAUAAAAACACAACGACAAACAAACGAACAACGCGGAUCGUUUAAAACAUCUGAUCAUGAUCGACCACUUCUACAAGCUGAACGUUUAUUAACUCAUAGUGGUGAUUUUCUUGUACGUGAAAGUGUAAAAAUUCCUGGUCAAUUUAUUUUAUCAGGUCGUUGUCAAAAUCAAUUCAAACAUUUACUUCUUAUUGAUCCUGAAGGAGUUAUUCGUACCAAAGAUUAUGAAUUUGAUUCAGUUCAACAUCUUAUAUCAUAUCAUAAAUCAGGCAAAAUUCCAAUUGUAUCUGCUGACAGUGAACUACUUUUAGAAACACCUAUUUUACGUGUUAGAUGA